CAAAUCCUGACUUUACAAAGAAUUCCUCUUUUCUUGUCUUCAGAUUGCUUUCCCUCAAAAAAGGAAAAAAAAAAAAAAAAAAAAAAAAAGGUUUUUCUCAGGUAUGGUUUAACUGAAAGCUAGUUAAUUUCUCCUCUCUUUCCAUUAUAAUUAUACAUCGCUCCUGAUAAAUGCAGUAAGCAGAAGGGUACGGAAGUGGUUAGUUUUGCCCCACUCCUGUUUCAAGAAUUGUUACUGCUGUUUACAUGUUUUCUUCCUCAUGUACUGCCUGACGUGGAUGCAGAGUGAGACUCCUUAGAAACGGAUGUUCAGUAACUUUCCUGUAAUUCAAGAGGUGAAGCCCAGUCUUGGCAUGCUUCCACCGUAUCCAAUAAAGUUUUAAUCGCUCUGCAGAACAGUCAGCAAUUAGCUCAGCUAGCUCUGAGUUAAUCCUCUGUGUGGUGCUUGUGAAAUGGAAACUCUUGGUGACAUGAAAUGAAUACUCAGAAUUAUUUUAGGUAGAUAGAAAACAUGAUUACUUAGCAUCAAAAUACCUGAAACUUCUUGAUUUUGCUGGCGCGGUGAUAGAUGACUGCCUUCAUUAACCGGCGUAUGAGCAUAAUCAGGUGUUAAAAUCCAAUGCGUUUUCCAGGCUCCCGCGUUCUUCUGUUAAUUACUGAAAUUGUUUUGGUUAAUUGCUGAAGUGCCACCGAGACCCAGGCAGUGCCAGGAGCCUGGCGGCUGUGCCCGGAGACACUGUCGAGGGGGCUCCGAGCGACGUCUCCGUGAGGCGUCUUCCCCAGGCGCCCAUCGUCUCCAUGGCCGCGCUUGGAGGAUUUUGGAGAUCUGAUGGAAAACACAGCGGAUCCUUCCCGGAACGGUCGCUCCGCGGCCCGGGCGGCGGCCGGGGCACUUUGGCGGCGCACCGAGGCGGAAGAGGGCGGGCGCCAACGUGUCCGGGACGGCAAGGCCUGGCGACGGCGGCGGGCCAGGGCUUCUCUCCGUCCUGCGGUUCCACUCAGCCUUCCUCGGCUCCCCGCGGCUGCCUUUAGCCCCCCUCGGCUGCCCUUAGCCCCUCUGGGCCCUUCUCACUCCCCUCAGUGUCCCGCGGCUCCUCUCUCAGACCUCCUCUCACCCCCAUCUUCUUCCCUUCUCAUCUCCCCUGAGCUCCCUGGAUAUUCCCUCAGCGCCCCGCAUCUCCCCUGGUCUCCUCUCAGCCCCCCUCAUCCCCCGCGGAGAUGGAUGACGAGCCCGAGAGGACCAAGCGCUGGGAAGGAGGCUACGAAAGAACAUGGGAAAUUCUUAAGGAAGACGAGUCCGGGUCGUUGAAAGCAACCAUCGAGGACAUUCUCUUCAAGGCAAAGAGGAAAAGACUCUAUGAACACCAUGGACAAGUUCGGCUUGGAAUGAUGCGCCACCUCUACGUGGUUAUUGAUGGAUCAAGAACCAUGGAGGACCAAGACUUGAAACCGAACAGACUUACUUGCACUCUGAAGUUACUAGAAUAUUUUGUUGAAGAGUACUUUGAUCAGAAUCCUAUUAGUCAGAUUGGUCUAAUUGUAACCAAGAGUAAAAGAGCAGAAAAAAUGACAGAGCUCUCAGGAAACUCAAAAAAACAUGUAACUGCUCUGAAGAAAGCAGUGGAUAUGAACUGCAGCGGAGAACCUUCUCUAUAUAAUUCCCUAAAUUUGGCCAUGCAGACUUUAAAGCACAUGCCAGGACAUACAAGCAGAGAGGUUUUGGUAGUCCUCAGCAGUCUGACAACAUGUGAUCCAGGCAACAUCUAUGAUCUAAUUAAGUGUUUAAAAGCAGUAAAGAUCAGAGUAUCUGUCAUCGGCCUAAGUGCUGAAGUUCGAGUUUGUACAGUGCUUGCCCGAGAAACUGGCGGAACAUACCACGUUAUUUUAGAUGAAGGUCAUUAUAAGGAGCUGCUGAUGCACCAUGUUAGUCCUCCACCUGCCAGUUCCACUUCUGAGUGCUCCCUUAUUCGAAUGGGUUUUCCUCAGCAUACUAUUGCUUCUCUAUCUGAUCAAGAUGCAAAGCCCUCCUUUAGCAUGGCGCAAUUGGAAAAUAAUAGUGACCCAGGCCUUACACUGGGUGGAUAUUUCUGUCCUCAGUGCAGAGCCAAGUACUGUGAGCUUCCUGUGGAAUGCAAAAUCUGUGGUCUUACGUUAGUGUCUGCACCGCACCUGGCUCGGUCUUACCAUCACUUGUUUCCUUUAGAUGCCUUUCAGGAAGUUCCACUGGAAGAAUACAAGGGGGAACGGUAUUGUCAAGGCUGCCAGGGAGAAAUAAAAGAUCAAAAUGUUUACAUAUGCAAAGUGUGUCAGAACACAUUUUGUGUGGAAUGCGAUCUGUUUGUUCACGAUUCGCUGCACUGCUGUCCUGGCUGUAUUCACGAGCACCCUGCUCCUGUAUCUGUAUGAUCACAUACCUUUUCAAAAGUUGCUGUAUCUUUGUCAUUUUUGCAUGGCUCUAGUUUGUUUAUUCACCUCUCACUUUAACUGAUGCAUCUCUGAACAAGAAGAUGAUUACAGAAGGAUGAACAGUGGAGUAGAUGCAAAUUUUAAUGUUCUAUUGAUUUUAUUACUGUUAAUAUAUACUUGAAUAAUCUGUAUCUAUUUUUUGUUCUUGUCUAAAGAACUAUUGGUUUUUCCAGCUUUUAUUAUAACAUGUAUAUUUGUAAAUGUGAAAGGGAUAUAACUGGUCUUUAUUAUAAUGUGAUGAUUCAUCUUGGUUUCAUGACUUGUUUAAAAAGAAGCCCUGAGAAAUACAUUUUACGCAUCUAUUGUUACAAACUUAUGGUUUUGGUGGAUGGUGGAUUUCUGUAGAUGAAAAUAUUCUUUUGCAAGUAUUUAAGAAAGAUGUUUUUGAGCAAUGAAUUGGUGGACAUCUCAUGUACUAAUUUCAAGUAUUAUGAGUAUUCACCUUGGCGUUCAGUAAGGCAGCUCAAAUACAGCUGUUAGAAAUGUGCUGAAAACACAUUUUAGGUUUUAAGGUGCAACUCAGAGCCAACUGAAUUCUAUCACUCCUGUGUCUGCAGCUGUCUGGUUAAAUUUCAGUUUCAUGUAGGAGGGUAGGAUUGCUGAAAGGUAAGUAACAUGCAAAAGAGCAAGACCUGAGUUCAUACAAACUACUGGCUGAUGGAUUCAGUAUUGAAGAUGAAAAGAGCUGCUGUUUGGUUCUGAAGCUACACUGAGUUGAAAGAACUGCACAUCAUCUUCUCUCCUUGGCUAAACCUCUAGGGCAACGGACAGUAAGGUGGGUGUAGGAGGGGAAGUGUCCAUCCUUACCUGAACGUUGAAGAAUAGAAAUUGAGACAAAUGCAGGACUACCAUUUUGUAGUUUCUGUUUAAAGUGUGUUUGCAGCUUGAACCUGUGAGAAUUGUAGUGUGCUACAUCUCAGUAAAAGGAGGUUACAGGUAUAAUGUCUGAAGCAAUACAUCACAAUGGGUUUUCUAGAGUCACCUUGUGAUAAUUGUAAACACAUCAGUGAUUGAUGUGCUCUGGGUGUAUAGGACUUAAUUUUUGAGCUUUGUUUUUUGUCAGAUUAGAAAUGGCAGUAUAACAUAUUAAUGGCAAUAUAACAUAAAAAUCUUAACACUGAAACAAGCAAAAAACCCAACUCCCUCAUACGCUAGUUCAAUUUUUCAUGCUCACCAUAUAUAUAAACACUGCAUGCUACUUUUAAGUUCUUACAGGCCAUUUUCAUUCAAGUGUUAGUAUGGCUCUUUCUGUGCUUUUUCUGCUGAUAGUGUCUGCCUGCUGGAUAGAGUGCAGUCAUUCCCUUGGUGUUGUCAGAAAAAUAACUUUUGAGCAUCUGCACCUCAUUUUGUGCUAAGUCAAACAAACUCUAUAAAUCCUUUGUGCUGUCAGGUGGUUGCAAGGCCUAUUACUAAAACCGAGCAGAAAAAGGACAUAGAGUGUUUGUACUAGUCUAGCAGGCCAUUCCAAGCCAAACUAAUGCUCUGAGCAUCUGGCUCUUAGAUACUCUGAUGCUGGUGACAGCCUCUUGAGACAGUGUUUUCUGGUAGUAUUUCCAUCUUUGCAGUCAGUAUUUUCUAAUAAGGAAAUAAUUUCUAGUAUUUUCUAAUGGAAAUAAAAGGGGGUUGUCAGAACACUCCAACUCCUUCUUUUUCUCUUGCUAGAUACUAAAAUAACAUACUUCUAUCCAGCUUCUAUUUCUGAAAGUAAAAAGUGUAGAAGUUGCAGCCAUAUACCCCAUUAUCACCUUGUGGUCACAGCAAUAAUUUGGUUUGUGCUUUCCUACCUUCUCAUUGGUCGAACAGUUCAAACUAGCUCCUGAAAAAUCACUGCUAAGGCAAUAUUUCUCUGAUGUAUAAACACUUUCAUCUGUGUCCUAAGUAUUUAAAGCGGCAGGGAGGAAAUCGUUCUUCCACCUGUUGUCUUUGACUGGGAUUCACUGACUAUCAAGUCUCCCUUGCAUGUGGGAAGCUUCAACUUUUAAAAUUCUUGUUUAUUUCCUUAUUUACUGUAUCUGCCAUAAGAUCAGUCAAUCAAUGAGGUUAUUAGGAGGCCUGUGAGAAACUCUUGCAGGUUCUGAAGAUGUUGUCUAAAAGGUUUCAGACUUGCUGAAGGAAGAGACAAAAAGACCAAAGCACCCUAGGAUGAAGUUGAGUAUGCAGCUGUAGCAAAAAGUUUGAGACUAGAGAGUGCUGCCAUGUGGAAGGGAGAGGAUUUCAAAAAGGUGAGGGCCCUCACUUUCCUUCCAGUUUACAUUUUCUUCGUAGGAAAAAAAGUUCCCAUCUGUAGUAGCACUCAGCUAAUUUCUGAGAGUGGAAAUGCUGAUAUUCAUUAAAAUGGAGUGAAAGAGAACCCCACACUGGAGCAGGUGGAUGCCUGAAGGAGGCUGUGACCAUGUGGAAGGUCCACACUGUACUGAGCUCUGUGGUCUCAUGGAGAGAGGAGUCCAUCCUGGAGCAGGUUUGCUGGCAGAACUUGUGACCCUGUGGAGGAUCAUGCUGGAGCAGCCUGAUCCUGAAGGACUGCACCUGGUGGAUGGGACCGCACCGGAGCAGUUCUUUAAGAACAGCAAGCCUUGAGGAGGACCCACAUUGGAGAAGUUCACGGAUGACUGUCUCCCAUGGGAGGGACCAUCCUGGAGUAGGGGAAAAGUGUGAGCAGUCCUUGCCAAUGGAGAGGAAGCAGUAGAGUUGUAUGAUGAAUUGGCCACAGACCCCAUUUCUCUGCAUUGCUGGGGGCAUGCAGGUAGAGCAAAUUGUAGGUGAAGUUAAGUUCAUAAAGAAGGGAAGGGUGGGAGGAAGGUGUUUCAAGAUUUGGGUUUAUUUCUCAUUAACCUAAUUUGGUAGCAAAUUAAUUUCCCCUGUUUAAGACUGUUUUGCCCAACAGUAACUGGUGAAUAAUUGUUUUCCUGUCCUUAUCUUGAUCCACAACUCUUCCAUUGUGUUUCCUCUUCGCUGUGCAGCUAAGGAGGGUACAGUAGAGCAGCUUUGGUGGGCGCCUCUUGUCCAGCCAGGGUCAACUGACCACAGUAAUUUUUCAAAAUGUAGAAGGACUAGAAGACUUUUAUAACAACCACAGCACUUUUUGGCUUGGGAUUUGAAGGAGAGAGGAAUGUAACUUAUGGCCAGUUUAAAAAAACAAAACCAAAAAUGAACAAACAAAAAAACCAAACCAAACAAACAAACAAAAAAGAAAACCCAAACAAAACAAAACCAAAAAACAACCAAACAAACAAAGAAAAAACAAACAAACACAAAAAACCCCACAAACCCCAACACCUCACAAACAACAAAAAAACCCCCACAAACCAACAGAUUGGAAGAUCCUGUAUUUAGAAUCACUUUCUUAAGGAUGAAUUUGUUUGGUAAAUGUCAUAAAUUUGUAGGAUCCCUCAACUACUUGAGAAAACAAAGCUCUUUAGACUUCUAGGGUGCAGAAUUUGAAUACGUAUAGCUGACCUGCAGACAUGUCUGCUACAUUCUGAACCAUUACAGAGCAAUUUUCUAUAGUUGUCUUGCUACAAUACUAGUAACAACAUGACAGAACUGUAUGUUUUGCCACCUUUUUUUUUAAUCUAAGCAGAAAUUCAAAAUGUGCCAUUAAUAUUCAGUAAUGGCUUUGAGAUGGAAGAAUUAAGUUUGAGGUUCACUGAGGCCACUCUAGAUUUUUAAGCUACAAGAUGAAGUUCUUUGGAUCUGCUAAUUGCCUGUGUCAUCUUGCUCAAAUCUCAUGUCUCUUCUUCCCCUCCAUUUUGGUUGUAACACCUUCUGAAUAUUUGCUGUUGUCAUUGUAAACGUACUAGUCAAUUGGAGUUCACAGAAAUUUCAAUUUGGCUAGUCAGAUUUAAUAAUACACCUGUUUAUACCAUCUCUGCAGUUACCUUAUCUCUUCUUAGUAAGCUAAAAUCAACUUUUGUGACCUCUAGAAACCAUGUUGUUGUGGAAAGAGAAGUGAUGAUGAAUGUUAUCUAAAAGAUAUGCAUAAUAUAAUUUAGUAGUCUUGUUUUUUCAAAAAAAAGUCAAAAAAUAUCCUGUAGCAGAGACAAAUGACAAUUAAAUACAUGAGCUGAAUCCUUCUGCUUUGGGCUCACUCCCAAAUGUAGUCUUUGAUUUUCUCAACUUUGUCAAAUACAUGGAGACAGGAUUCCAGGAAGUCCAUGAACAACUGCAGAAGAGUUAAAACCCUGCCAUAAGAAAUGAAUAUGAUAAAGAUCUUUUUGUCCUAUACGUCUCAUUCAUCAUGGUCUCUAAUGGAAAUGGGGAAAUGGCAAUUGCUGCUUUUUUUUCUCACAUCCCUGUUCAAUCCAGUGUGCAGUGUUUUUGCUGUGGGUUAGUUGUAUUUACCAUCAUGGUUAGACACACCCCAUGCGAACAGCACAAGAAAUUCUGUCCUCCUUGUGAAUUUGUUCUGGCAAAAGUGUGAGUAGUAUUUCAAAGUAUGACACUGUGUUCAGAAGUUGAAGAACCCAGCAGAGACACUUACAGGUACAGCGUGAGGAUGCAGUCCUUUGCUAGAUGGCUGUUGUAUGCCAGAGGAAUGAACCCUGAUUUUCUUCCCAGAGCUGGGUUUUUCUUUACAAGUAAUUGAAAGCAAAGCUGGGAGGGAUUGUUGGUUUGAUUUAUGGAAUGGCACAAGUCUACUUAGAGCACUUGAAUGAGUAUACAUUUUAUUUUCAUGCAUCGUUUGGCAAUGCACUGUGUUGUGUUCUCAUCCACAUGAUGAAGAAUACAAGCAACUCACUUGAUCCUCGGGCAAAAACUGUUCUACUUUUUAUCAUUCUUGCUGUGUUCCCUGCACCUUUUCUUGUUCAAAUACAGUAUUUUUUGAGUUGAGGGGACUUCUUUCAAAUGCACUCUUUAAUAUGUGGAACAGCUGUGGAUUUUUACAGUGACAUAAUUAUAUUUUUUUCUUAUUACUUUGUAACAGGUGCCAGGCUUACAGAUACAAUGUCUCUUCCUCUACCCCAGAGGUGAAGACUGCUCUUUAAAAUUUGGCAAUAUAUUUUUUCCACUAAUUGCUUUGAUUUUGGAUUUACCUUCUGCUAUAUACCCUCCCCUUUUCCAGUUUAGACAAUGGGAACCUCCCUGAAUUCAUCUGCAGUAGACAUUAAUAAUAUUCCAGAGAGCAUCACUUCAAAUCCUCUGCAAUUGUACUGUCCCUUUGGGAAGGUUAUUUAAGGUUACUUACUAACAGCCUGGUUAGCAUAUGGCUCUGCCAGCUCUCUUCACUGGCUUUUUGUUCCUGUUGUCUGGAACAAGAUUUAAAUUAGUUUAAAUUAAGUUUAGGUAUUCUCAUACAUUUUAUUUUUUACCCAGCCUAUCUGAUUUUAUUUUACCCACUUCAUUUGCCAGGAGUUUUGAGCCAUUUAUCGGGAGCCAUUUAUUUGAGCCAUUUAUCCUGUGACUGCAGGAUGACAGUCUGUUGCAGGUGAAUUUAAAGGAGAGAACUUCAAAUUAAGUGUCUGAGUAGAGAAGACAGUGUUUCAGGAUAAAUGAAUCUUCUGUUUGUAUACAACAAUUGCAAAUGAUCAUUUUUAAUGGGUAUUACUUCUUCCUGUUUGCUCUAUACACACCCAAAAUAUGUCUAGCUUCUCAAACUGUAUUCAGCCUGCUUACAUCCUAGACUUUGCUGAGACCUCUAUUGAAAUGCCUUCUUAGUUCCCCCUCUACAAAGCAAUGGAAAUUACAAGAAAAACAAGCAAUGGGAAAAUAGACUGACUUAAAAUAGAGCUUCAUGACAUUGUUACUAGUUAUAGUAGCUUGUAUGCCCUAGCUGUUAAAACUCUGUAUUUCCAUAAUUUUUUUUGAAUGUAAUUAUUUUCUAGUAUAGUCUUAAAACUACCAUAUUGUACAUAGGCCAGGGAAAAUGCUUGUUUGGUUUUUUUCUGUAAACAAAUGCAAAAUCUGUCAUAUUAUCUGCCUUUAUUUUUGACAUACAUUUCAGGAUAUAUAGUGAUUUAAUUACAGGAGUCACAUCUUGUAAGUAGUGACCAUAAGGCAAGGCUGGAAAGCUCAUGUGAUGGUAUUCAGGCCUGAAAGAGAUUGUUAUGAUUGAUACCUCCAUCUCUGCAGAGCUGAUCUGAUGUCUGACCUCCAGUGGCUGCACAAGUGGGUGUUUUAUUUGCUUUGUCCUGUAAGAGCGGUAUUUGAACACUUGUAAACACACCAGUAUCUUAUUCUACUAGGCACUGCUAGAAUCUAUUAUAUAUUAUUCUACUAUAUGCCUGCUAGAGUAUCCUUUAUCAGUCUCCUCAGUCUGAGUAUCACAAUGCUAAAACGUGUACAGUUCAAAGUUCUACUGUUUUUUCAACCUAGCAGCAACAAAUUUAUUUUUAAUGUACCAUACCGCAUAUAUUCACUGUUUAUUUGUUCAUGUUUCAUAUGGCAUUGGAGCAUCUUUAAAUCUUUAUUGAUGUCUGUUUGAUUUUGUAGUGAAAGUUGCAAACUAUGGAGGUGUCCAGAAGCUCGGGAAGCUCUGUUAGCAAAUCACUGUUACAGAGAUUUCUGGACAAUACUUGAUAAUGUGUCUGCUUUAAAACAAGUGCCAUUAUCUGCAUUUUCACGCAUCAGAUCACAACCAGAGCAGCAGCAAUGAUGGAUUUCAUCACUGUUUCUUGAUUGUCUGGUCCUGUGACAAUAGUAAAGGUGGGUUGGCUCUUUGAUACAGAGGCCCUUAAAGUAUCUAUUAUCAUGAUGAAGGAUCCCCAGUGUAGUAGUUUAAAAUUACCCUAGCAAUGGGUUUUGCCCCUUUCCCCAAUUUUUCAAGCCUAGGAAAGUUUGUAAGUGCUAGGGUUUGGGUUUUUUUUCCUUCUUGUAGUGUUCACUACACACCUCCAUUACAAAUAAACAUUGCCCUGUUUCCACGCAAGACAGGGUUAAUUUCUCCAGCAGCUAGGAGAGGGCAUGACUAGGAGUCCCAGAUUAUUCUGUACCACCUCACAUCUUCGAUUGGAAUGGGAGAAGGGACCUUUCCAUGUCACAGAUCCUGGCAGCCGCCAGCUGUUGUUGGGAGUUCCCAGCGUGGUGAGCACUCACGUGUGAAUGAUUGGCCUCUUUCUUGUACACCCUUCUGUUAAUAUUCUAUUCAGUUGUUUCGCUUGCAAUUAAAUCAGUUACACGAAUCAUUUAUUUAGAACAUAAACCACUACUGAACUCAGAACUGCAAUAAAAUUGUUGUAUGACAGAUUUUACUAGUGUUAAGAAGUGAUGAAGGCCAAUUUUUGUAACCAUGCCAGACACCAACACAACUAAUUGAAGCAGAGGGCAGCUCUGCCUCUUCAGCAAUCUGAAAAGAUGAUUUAGAAGCUUUGCCUCACUGCAUUCAGUCUUAAUUUAUGUCACCUAGACAAUUUUUAAAAAAGCGUUCCAAGUAGCUUAGGUAAGUUAUAAGUCUUUUUUUGCUCAAUUACUUGUGGGAAAAUUAAUUUUUUGACACAUGACCACAGUAGGAAGUGAAUGCAGUAAAGUUCAUGCCUGUAUUUCCCUGAAAAGCAAACCACUGUCAUUAACUAAAUUACUGUCCAGUUUUGUAGCUACAGACUCUAUUAAAAGUAGGGUAGAGUAAAAUUCAGCCCUACAUUGUAAGGGCUGAAACCUAUGUCCAUACUUACCUUUCCACAGGCUUUCC